UUUACAUACAACAAAAACCUUUAUACACCCAAAAUAAAUGAAAACCCUAAAAAAUCCCGAUGAAACAAAUUCCCAUUUCAGGGUUAUGAUUAGGCCAGAGCCUUCCCUUAAGUCUUGCAUAGGUGUACCAGCUCCUCCCCUUCAGUCUUGCACAGGUGUACCGGCUCCUCCCCUUCAGUCUUGCACAGGUGUACCGGCUCCUCCCCUUCAGUCUUGCACAGGUGUACCGGCUCCUCCCCUUCAGUCUUGCACAGGUGUACCGGCUCCUCCCCUUCAGUCUUGCACGUGUACCGGCUCCUCCCCUUCAGUCUUGCACAGGUGUACUGCCUCCUCC